AUGUACAAGCUGUUCGUCAUUGCCGCGCUGGUUGCCGUCGCAGCCGCCCAAAACCCACAGGACGCUCAGGCUCAGGUGCUCGUGUCCGAUUCGGUCGUAAACCCGGACGGUUCGUACAACUAUCGCUACGAGACGAGCAACGGUAUCCAGGCGCAGGAAAGCGGUGUCGGUGGCCAGUCGGCACAGGGCAGCUACUCGUACACCGGUGACGAUGGUGCUCAGUACCAGGUGACGUACGUUGCCGAUGAGAAUGGAUUCCAGCCGCAGGGUGCCCAUCUGCCCGUGGACGGACCCGCACCGGAUCACGUCCUGAAGACGCUCGAGCAGAUCCGUGCCAACCCGCCGCGUGAUGACCCGAACUUCAGCAUGGACGCACUGAACGCUGCCAUUGCCCGACUGAGCGGCAAGAAGUAA